CGUUGCACACGCUGUCGUUGUGCCGUGUGCUUUACCAAAUAAAAGCUGGGGUCGACCCCACAGAGGCACAGUUGAGCCGUGUUUCACGGCUUACCCAACCCAACUUAACCUAGUCUACUUGUAUUUUCCUGAUAGUUUUGGUCUGAAGAAAGCAAGAUGACUGAUGCAAAAAAUAAUCUGUUGUAUUUCUUCGACCGGCCAAAUGAGCCUUGCUUCAUGCAAAAGGGAGAAGACAAGGUUGUCUUCGAAAUCCCUGACCAUUACUAUCCGGACAAAUACAAGAGCCUAUCAAACACGCUGAGCAAUCGGUUCGGCAACGAAGCGACCAAGCGGAUCCCGAUCCGUAACAUCACGCUGCCCAACCUCGAGGUGCCCAUGCAGCUGCCCUACAAUGACCAGUUCUCGCUGUUCGUUCCCAAACACCGCACAAUGGCCGCAAAACUUAUUGAUAUCUUUAUGGGUAUGAGAGACGUGGAGGACCUGCAGUCAGUGUGCUCGUACUGCCAGCUGAGGAUCAACCCUUACAUGUUCAACUACUGCCUUUCCGUCGCUAUCCUGCACAGGCCUGACACGAAGGGGUUGUCCAUCCCGACAUUCGCGGAGACAUUCCCGGACAAGUUUAUGGACUCGAAGGUGUUCCUCCGCGCCAGGGAGGUGUCCAACGUCGUCAUCUCCGGAAGCAGGAUGCCAGUAAACGUGCCGAUAAACUACACGGCCAACACGACCGAGCCGGAGCAGCGCGUGGCGUACUUCCGCGAGGACAUCGGCAUCAACCUCCACCACUGGCACUGGCACUUGGUCUACCCCUUCGACUCGGCAGACCGCAGCAUCGUCAACAAGGACAGGAGGGGAGAGCUCUUCUAUUACAUGCACCAGCAGAUUAUUGGCAGGUACAACGUGGAGCGUAUGUGCAACGGUCUGCCCCAAGUCAAGCCGUUCUCUGACUUCUCAGCUCCCAUCGAGGAGGGCUACUUCCCCAAGCUGGACUCGCAGGUGGCCAGCAGGACCUGGCCUCCUAGGUUCGCCGGGAGCGUGUUUCGCAACCUCGACCGUACCGUGGAUCAGGUGAAGAUCGACGUGAGAAAGCUGUUCACCUGGAGGGACCAAUUCCUAGAAGCCAUACAGAAGAUGGCUAUCAAGAUGCCCAACGGCCGUGAACUGCCCCUAGACGAGGUGACGGGAAUCGACAUGCUGGGCAACCUGAUGGAGUCGUCCAUCAUUAGCCCUAACAGGGGCUAUUAUGGCGAUCUGCACAACAUGGGCCACGUGUUCGCCGCCUACACCCACGACCCUGAUCAUAGGCAUCUGGAACAAUUCGGCGUGAUGGGCGACUCGGCGACCGCCAUGCGUGACCCCUUCUUCUACCGUUGGCAUCGGUUCGUCGACGACGUCUUCAACAUUUACAAGGAAAAAUUGACGCCUUACAGCAACGAGAGGCUGGACUUCCCCGGCGUGCGCGUGUCGUCGGUGGGCAUCGAGGGCGCGCGCCCCAACACGCUGCGCACGCUCUGGCAGCAGAGCACCGUCGAGCUCGGCCGCGGCCUCGACUUCACGCCGCGCGGCAGCGUGCUCGCGCGCUUCACGCAUCUGCAGCACGACGAGUUCCAAUACGUCAUCGAGGUGAACAACACCACCGGUGGCAAUCUGAUGGGUACGGUGCGCAUCUUCAUGGCUCCGAAGGUGGACGACAAUGGCCAGCCGAUGUCCUUCAACAAGCAGAGGAGACUCAUGAUCGAGCUUGACAAGUUCUCGCAAGCACUCCGUCCCGGCACCAACACCAUUCGCCGCCGCAGUGUGGACUCUUCAGUCACCAUCCCGUACGAGCGAACCUUCCGCAACCAGUCGGAGCGUCCCGGAGACCCGGGCACCGCCGGGGCCGCCGAGUUCGACUUCUGCGGUUGCGGGUGGCCACACCACAUGCUGAUACCCAAGGGCACCGCCCAGGGCUAUCCUGUGGUGCUGUUUGUUAUGAUUUCCAACUGGAAUAACGAUAGGAUCGAGCAAGACCUCGUGGGCUCCUGCAACGACGCGGCAUCGUACUGCGGCAUCCGCGACCGCAAGUACCCAGACAAACAAGCGAUGGGCUACCCAUUCGACCGCAAAAUGGCAAACGACGCCGCCACACUCUCAGACUUCCUUCGUCCCAAUAUGGCGGUCCGCGACUGUUCCAUUCAGUUCAGUGACACUACGGUCGAGAGGGGACAACAGGGGUAGGUGUAAACCGUAAAAAGGGGUGGAUACCACAACAUCUGGUACAAACAUUAUAAAAUCAAGCUCCAUGCAUGCGUUUGAAAAUUGCGGAUAAUUUUUAAACCAUACUUUACCAUAAACAUUAUACCACACUUGUUAUCUACCCCCUUUUCGCACUUAAAGCCGGUAACAACGUAUUAAACGUCCAUUUCACAUCAGAUUGAGUGAAAGAUUGGUUCAGACCGAUCGGAGGGAGCGUUCCUGCGGGUGCAAAGACCUCACUGCCGACGAAAUAGACGCCCUCAUACGAAAACCUUACUAUUAUACCAAGUGUAACCAUAAACACCAUAUAUUUUAAGAAUAUAGUAAAAAUGUAGUAAAUUUUUCAUCGUGGUAUAAAUUUUUAUCAAAAAUAAUUGUGAAGUCAAAUUUAGAAUGCAGUAAUCUGUGAUAUAGUACAGGAUAUUCUACCAAUUUAGUAGAAAUUUAUAUUUAAAUAAUUCCUAGCGCCAUUUUGGAACGCAGUUUAAUUUGAAAUCACAUCAUAAUUAGUAUCAAGUAUAUGAGUAAAGUGUAAAGUAUGAGUGUAAUAUUAUUAAUUAACUAACUUAACUAAAUUAACUAAAUGAUUGUAGGUUUAAUUUUCUUGGGAUGAAAAGUGAAUAUUUAUAUAGGCUACGAGAUUUGUGAUAGUUUUCGUAGCUGGCCAAUUUGAGACUUGAACACGAUUUUCUCUUAAUUACAAAAAGCAUCACUUUGAGUAUGUAUUAAUUACUUUCUAACGACAUCUAGAGGUCUAAUAUGUUGAUUAUAAAUAAAGUGAGAUAACCACAACUAUUUUUUUAUAGACUGAUCGAGGUUCUGAUAAGAAAUUAAACCUAUUUUGACAAUAUUUUGAAUAAGGAAUACGUGAUUCAAAAUGGCGUUUACUAUAAUUUGAAAUUAAGUAAAUACAGUAAUUAGAAUUGUAUUGUAUAACUAAAUAACAACAUUUGACAUAUUUUAAAUUAGAUUUACAUAUAGUACUACAAAAUUUUCUACUAAAAACUUCCAAAAUAAACUAAUCAUGUAAAGGGUUCAAUACGUUUUCGAUUUCGUUGUUACUGGUUAACAGUUAAAGGCAAGUUAAAUGGAUUCCGAGACCUAGGUUAAGUGCAUGCUAGAUAAUAAAAUGGGUCAUUAGAAGUUAAGUAAACUUUGUAAAUAUUGUACAUAUUUGUAUGCUUUUGAAUUUAUAAGACUGAAUAAAAUAAGCCUUUCACAA